CACAGCUAUCUGAAGCAGAGGCAGUCUCCUGCGCUCAACACUCUCCUGCAGGCUGCUUUCAGCUCACACUCUCAAUCUGCAUAGCUGAGGAAGACACUCACUCAAACAUAUACACUCUCACUAAUUCACACACACACUGACCCACAGGCACCAUGAGACUGGCCCCGCUGUGCGGUUUCACCGCCACCACUUUCCUGCUGGCGUUCCCGUGGAGCUCGGCGGCGGAACCCGCGGACAGAACCCAGAGAUGGGACAAGGUCCAGGACAAGCCUGCCUCAGGUGGCUGCCCCGUGAGGAUGAAGCCCUCCGGCCAGUGCGACGACGAGGACGACUGCCCCUACCAGGUCACCCUGCCGCCGCUCACCAUACAGCUGCCCAAGCAGUUCAGGAUGCUGGAGAAGACCAUGAAGGAGCUGCAGAGCCUGAAGGAGACGGUCAACCGGCUGAAGAGGUACUGUCUGGAAUGUCGUCAUCAGGCUGACCAGAGCCCCCAGACGGAGAGUGGGGAGGCGGCAGGCAGCACGGUGACGACCGUGCUGGUACCGGAGGGGCCGCAGUCCACAACCAGCAAGGAGGAACAAGGAGGCGGCGGAACCCCCCGAGACACCGGGGCCGGCGGCGGUGACCCCAACUCCGCACUGGAUAUGCAGGUGAAGAUGGAGCGGAUGUCCACCAGCCUGCGUAACGCGCGGAGACAGAUCACAAGCCUGCACGGACGCCUGGAGAACCUGAGCCUGGUCAACAUGAAGAACGUGGAGGCCAUCGUGGACAGCAAGGUGGAGAACAUCACCGGGGUGGUCAACAAGCUUAGGAGCAACUGUUCCCACCAGUGCCUUGCCCAGAACACGUCUCCUCAGUUCAUCAUCGCACCCAAGGACUGUUCCGACUACAACAUGCUGCAGCAGAAGAAGAGCGGCAUUUACCAGGUCACGCCGGAUCCCAGGAACGGCACGUUUGAGGUGUACUGCGACAUGGAAUCCUAUGGAGGCGGCUGGACCAUGGUUCAGCAGCGCCUCAACGGAACCGUCAGCUUUAACCGUUCCUGGGCUGAGUAUAAGAGAGGCUUUGGCAACCUGAGGGGUGAGUUCUGGCUGGGCAACGACCGAAUCCACCUACUGACAAAAGCCAAAGACAUGGUCCUGCGCAUCGAACUGGAGGACUUUGAGGGCGUCCGAGAGUAUGCCAAGUUCGACCAGUUUUACGUGGCCAACGAGUACUUGAGAUACCGCUUGUCCAUUAGUGGGUACAGCGGAACAGCGGGCAAUGCCCUGCACUUCAGCAAAAACUUCAACCACGACCAGAAGUUCUUCACCACGCCCGACAGGGACAACGACCUGUACCCGUCCGGGAACUGCGGGGCGUACUACAGCUCCGGAUGGUGGUUCGACGCCUGCAUGUCGGCCAAUCUCAACGGGAAGUACUACCACAAGAGAUACAAAGGAGUGCGGAACGGGAUCUUCUGGGGCACAUGGCACAACAUGACCACUGAGGCCUACCCCACCAACUACAGGCAGGCCUUCAAGACAGUCAAAAUGAUGAUACGGCCAAAAAACUACGCCCCGUAAAAGAAGGAAACCAGGGUGGAAAAAAAGGACUUGAGAAAAGACAAGACGGAUAGAUAUAAAAAAAAAAAAAAACUGUUUUAACU